CGUUUCAUUAUUUCGCUGCUCUGAGUACUCGAUUCUGGAUUAUACACAUUAUUCGUGCUGAAUAUCUGAAACUGUGAUGCGUAAAAGUGUUUUAGUUUGAAUAGAAACGAUAUAGAAAAAUUCAACCAAUUUCUUGUAAAUUUGUUUUCGUUUGUUUGUUGUUUAGUUAAAUGAAAUACGGCAAUUUUUCUCUUCUCUUUUGGGGGCGAACAAAUUUUAAGUCAGCGCCAACAACAACAGCAGCAACAACAACAAAAAUCGAUUAAUUAAAAACACAGAAACAAAAAAACAACUUACCAAAUUAAAUAUUAUCGAAGCAUAUUAAGGCAUAGAAUUUAAAAAAGAACAGAAAAACCUCUUCAAUUUUCUUGUUUCGAAGAGUCAAAAUUCUAAAACAAUUCACCAUUCGGCUGUUGUAUCUUGCUUGUGUUUGUUACAAACAAAACAAAAAAAAACAAAUUAAAUGUUUUUUUUUCUCGUUGGGUUGUCUUGUUCUCGUUGCUCUUGCUUAGAUAUCUGUAGCUGGAAUUGUGUGUUCGAACUGACAAGAAGGCCAAAAACCAACAAAUAAUAAAUUUGAUUGAAUAUGUUUGUUUGGCUGAAACAAGAAGAAAACGACGAUAAAUAAAAUUAACAUGAUAUUUGUGAAUCGAUUUGUUGAUGUCAUAGGAAAUAAAUUCCAUCACACGAAAAACACGCAAAAAAACUAGAAAAACGUCUAAAAAUUCAAGACAACAUCUGAGCAAAGAAGUAAAAAAAACAACAACAGCCAGUUGAAGUUAACGAAGUCAGUUGGCAGCAGCAGCAGCAACAGCAACAGCAACAGCAACAGCAACAGCAACGAUAGCAGCAGCAGCAGCAGUAACAAUAGCUGCAAAGCAAUAGACGAAAAAAAAAUCACGAAAAGAAGUGUUGAAAUCUUUGCAUGAAUGUGUUUAUCUGUGUCGGUCAUAUUCCAAUUCGAUUUGGUUAACUACUCGUGUGCUUUUCAAUUCGCGCGCGCUCUCGCUCACCCGUCACAAACCGUUUCUAUCUCUGUGUGUAUAUGAGAGUUUGUGAUUCGAUGAAUUUGUGAUUUUCUUGUUGUUUUUUUUCUGCUUCGUGAACGGCCGUUGUUGUUGUUUUUUUUUGUCGUUGUCGUCGUAUUCAUCUCUCUGUGUCAGCCGAACCGAAUGAUUAGUGUUAUUGUGGUCGCCAUUGAACCGUCGGCACUACGUUCUCGCAUAUUGUCGUAGCUACAAGAUUCUCUCUCUGUGUGUCUUUUCUCUGCUCUUCUGUUGGUCGGGUCCAUAAGUUUGAGUCGGAGCUCGCUAUCUCUUUCACACUCCAAUUUUGCUCGGUCGUGUGUGUCAAGCAGCAACAGCAGCAGCAGUAGCAUCCACAUCGGCAGAAUUCAGUGUGUAUUGGUUGUCGUGUGUACUUCAAUAAGAAAGAAUAAAGAAAAACCAACGAAUUUCUUCGACUUUGCUAACGGUUCAAGCAUUUCUCCCCAUUUGCUCUUUGACAGAAAGAGUUAAAUCAAGAACGAUCGAAGAAAUAAAAAAAAAAAACCAACAAAAUCAAGGAUUUUUAAUCGAAACAAGAACAAAACAAGAAGUCUGUUUGAAGGAAAAACGAAAGCAAAAAAAAAGAGAGAAUUUAUUGUAUGUCGCGCGCGCAAAAUUCAUCAUUCGCGUAUCCGUAGAGCACAGUUGAAAUUGGAAAUCAUAGUGCGGUGGUGUAUGUGUUGUUUCAUCGUUUGUUUUUUUUUCUCUCUCUCCAUUUCGCUCGCGCUCUCUUCAUCGCGCGCGCUCUCGCCGCUGAUGCCAAGUGUGAGCCAAUACGGAAAGCAGCAGCUCGGAAUCAAAUGAAUUUCUCUUGUACCUUUACACGAGUUUUGGGGUGAGAGCAAACAAGUAAGCAAAGUACGCGUGAGGCAAACGAAACGAACGAGUGAGCUUCAAUCGUCAAAAAGCAAAAGUAUUAAUUCGAUGCGUUUCUUUCGGAAGAAAGAGUGCGUGAUAAGAACAAUUAUCAUCUGAAUGAAACGGUCGCAUUUCAUUUUCUUCAAUUAUCAUUUUGAUUCCAUCGUUUAUAAAAUAUAAUAAGAGCGAGAGAAAUUUGAAGACGAAUCCCGUUUAGUAAAUUAAUUAAAUGAAUCUAUCAGAAAAGUGAGCGGUGUUAUUUGUGUAGAGAAUAAAAUUAAAAAAAAAAAAAGAAAGAAGAAGAUUCUAAUGUACGCGUGCACCGACCAUUCGAGCAAAUAGUGUGUAAGGGAAAAUCGUACGAAACACACACACACACAACAUUUAGUGAUAACACACAAUUCAAGAGAACCGACGAACAGAGGCUGAACAUCGAACACAAAAAUUCCGAACGCAAUCACACACAUAAUCAGGUCAUUAUCGGUCCACUCAACGUCGCAGCACAGCAUUCCAUUCAAAAUUGACGUGUGAGUGCAUGCACUGACUACUUUCAACCGUUCACUGACACACAUACAGAAAAAAAAAAACAAUUAAGAAGAAGCAUUUAAUCAACAUCACCGCAUCCGAAUUGGGUAAUCCUGUUACCGUCGAAUUCUAUACACCGUUUUUUUUUGUGUGUAACAUAGUUUUACCCAAUAUCAACAGCAACAACAACAAAAAUUCCACGAACCAAUCAAAAGAAAUCCAAUCGCAAUGCCGUUAUUUGGUAAAAAUUCCACCAAAAAGUCGAAACGUGAUUCUCGCGAUCCGGAUAAACAGUUUUCGAUCGAGGACAAGUAUAUUCUUAAGGAGAUGUUAGGAACUGGUGCCUUUUCCGAAGUUCGUUUAGCCGAAAGCAAAGAAAAUAGCAAUCAACUAUUUGCUGUAAAAAUAAUUGAUAAAAAAGCGCUUAAAGGAAAAGAAGACUCAUUAGAAAAUGAAAUUAAAGUACUUAGAAGGUUCAGUGCUAAUCAGAAUGAUGGUGGCGACGGAAAUGUAGACGGUCCGCGGUUAACUCAUCCGAAUAUAGUUCAAUUACUGGAGACCUAUGAAGAUAAAAACAAGGUCUACUUAAUUAUGGAAUUAGUAACCGGUGGCGAGCUAUUCGAUCGUAUCGUAGAGAAGGGUUCGUACACGGAAAAGGAUGCAUCCGGUUUGAUUCGACAAGUUCUUGAGGCUGUGGAUUACAUGCAUGAACAGGGCGUUGUGCACAGAGACUUGAAGCCGGAAAAUUUGCUGUACUACAGCCCUGACGAGGAAAGUAAGAUAAUGAUAAGUGACUUUGGAUUGUCGAAAAUGGAAGAUUCCGGCAUAAUGGCCACAGCAUGCGGAACACCCGGUUACGUUGCACCAGAGGUGCUUGCCCAAAAACCAUAUGGCAAAGCGGUCGAUGUGUGGAGCAUAGGAGUGAUAUCAUACAUUUUAUUGUGUGGUUAUCCACCGUUCUACGAUGAAAACGAUGCAAAUUUAUUUGCUCAAAUUUUGAAAGGUGAAUUCGAAUUUGAUUCACCGUACUGGGACGAAAUCAGCGACUCGGCCAAGGACUUCAUCCAAAACCUAAUGUGUGUUAAUGUAGAUAAACGAUAUACAUGUAAACAAGCUUUAGCUCAUCCAUGGAUAUCGGGCAAUGCCGCCAGUGACAAGAACAUUCAUGGAACCGUUUCCGAGCAGCUUAAGAAAACUUUUGCAAAAUCCAGAUGGAAGCAAGCAUAUCAUGCUGCAACGGUUAUACGUCAAAUGCAACGAAUGGCUUUAAAUAGCAGCAGCAGUGGGUCUGGUGCUCGCAAUCCAGCGCAUAGUCAAUCACAAUUAUCAACCACCACACAAAUGACAACAUCGUCAUCAUCGUUACAAUGUUCCAGUGAUAGCAGCACAUCGGGCUCGAAUCUUCCGGCAUCCAAUUCAGCGGUGAAAAAAUGAAAACUCGAAUGAUAUGCCGAGGCAUGGACCUAUGGCUGGAACAUCAUUUUGAAACACCUUUCGACUUAAAACAUAAAGAAACAAAUCAUUCAAAUUUAGAAGAAGAAGAGAAAAAAAAAAAACAAAACGGUACAGAAACAUAAACUCUAAAGUAGCAACACAGCCCCAAGCAACAAGAAAAUAAUAAUAAUUUCAACUCUAGUAAAAUGGCCAAUUUUUACUCAACUCCUACUAUCACAUACAAUCUUUCAAAGCAGCUAAAUGACAGCAAUAUUUAACGAUGAAAAACAAAAUAAACACACACGCAGUCUUUUCUAGUUAAAUUUCAGCUAUAUUCUCCCCACAUAUAACCAUAGCAUGUUACGAAAAAAAAAUAAGAAGAAGACGACGA